UCUGAUUCUGAUAAUUCUAAUAUAAUUCGGAAGUGAUUUAAUAUGCCGUUUUUUUGGUCAUAACUCUUUGUUCUAUUAAUAUUACAGAAAUUUUUAACAUGAUUCGAAAUGUUUCGUAUCUGAUCAUCAUACAAAAAGUUGCAGACGGAAAACUGAUUUUUGUUAGGAUGCUCACAGCUGGGAAAAGGUGCAGUCUCACUAGAUCUUUCGAAUCAUGUUUAAAAUUUUCUGUAAUACAGUAUUAAUGGAACAGAAACUCAUGGCCAAAAAUUUUUUUGUUUUAUUUAAAAUUUUAUUUUUGUUUUUCAAAAAUUUAGUUUCAUGCUUUAUUGAUUUCGAUUUAAAUAUUACUAUAUUUGAAGAAUAUAUUUUUAGUCAAUUCUGUUAAUAAGUUUUGAAUAAAAUGGAUGAAAGUAAUUCUAUAAUUUCUGAUGACUCAUCUUUCAAUCAGACAGGAGUCAAUCUUGACCAGAAGAAUAAUGAUGAUUCUGAAGCAAAAUCUGACACGAAUUUGACGAAUAUUCUAAAGACUGAAGAAAAAGGAAGUGAUGAUUCUGACAUAAAAAAUGAAUUUACUGAUUUGGAAACUAAUAAACAAAAUGAAGCAGAAAUUAAUAUUGAUUUAAAUACUGACAAUAAUUCUGAGUAUUUUGAUGAUUCUAAAGAGGAACUCACAAAAACUGAAUCAUCCGAACAUAAUUCUGCUCCUUAUGAAAAUAGAAAUUCAAGAGAAAAAGAAAGUGAUAAUGUACAAAAUUUAGAUGAAGAUAUGCAAUCAACAGUUUUAACAAAAUCUUCUAAAGAAGAUACUGCUGUUUCGCAUAAUGUUUCGAAUUCAAUAGUUGAUGGAAUACCUGAAUCAGCUAUAGAAUUAAAUAAAACAAAUGAUAGUAUAGAAUCUCAUGAAAAAAUGAACAUUGAGGAAGGCGAUAUCAAAUUAGAUGAUGAAAAUAUUGACAAUCAAAAUGAAGAAGAAAUGGAUGUUAUUGAACAUUUGGAUUCUUCUUUACUUUAUCAAAAUCCAACUUUUGCCGAAAUUUGUUCUUUUUUCAAUACAUUUACUCAUUUGCUUGGUUUAAAGCCUAUAUCCAUAGCUAAAUUGGAUAAGUUUUUCUGUACACUCAUUAAUGGAGAUGUUGAUCCUGAACUUGUCGAUUUACAUGUUACAUUAAUGCGUAAAAUUUAUUUAAAAUCUGCGAGAGCUGAUAAAUGGGACAAAGCUUUACAAAAAUUUAGUGCAAUAUGUCCUGGCUUGGACAAUGAGUCUCGUCAGCUUCAGCGCCAUCAUUAUGUGGAUAUUUCGAUUGAUACAAAAUUAUCUCUUCUUAAAGCACUAUGUGACAGUCAAUUUGAAUGUAAUGCAAAAUUUAAGGAAAAUAUUUCAAAUACAUUUCGAAACUGUGAGCUUCGAAUUGCUCCUUUUGGUCGUGACAAAGUUGGUCUUAUCUACUAUUUGCAAAUCGACUGUGAUCUAGAUUUACGUGUUUAUACAGAAGAGCCAGAGGAUGAAGCAGGCACUAGUUGGGCACUGCGUGCUAAAAAUGAAACGGAAUUGAUCGAAUUAAUCAACUCGUUAAAACGUCCAGAUUUUGGAAAGAAAAAUUCAGAGGAUCAGCCAGACGAUGAUGCAGAAGAAAUGGAUGAGGAACAACUUUUGGAUUCGCCAAAGUCGAUUGUAAAAAAGGCUUCAAUUUCUUCAAAUAUUAGCAAUCACGUCAAUGAUACAAAAGAAAAAACAUCUACUGACAUUAAGCAAUUUAAACUUGAUGAAGCACAACGCGCGAAGAUAAUUAUGCAAACAAAGUCAGAAAUACUUUGGGAUUGUUACAGAAAACAGGAUUUGUUAAAUAAGCGAAAACUCGAACGUGAUAAGCAGAAAAAGGAUCAUGUAUCUCAUACUAAAGUUGUUGAAGAUGUUGAAAUUCCAUCUACAUCUAAAAAUAUUGCAACUGACAAGGAAGACAUCAAGAAUGAACUUAAUUUAGACGAUAAUAAGGAAUAUGAUACGCCGGAACAAGCGAUAUCUAGUGACAUGAAGGUCAACGAUACUAAUGAAAUUGAUGACGCGCUCAUUGCUGCUGAACUCGAUGCAGACAAACGAAGAGUUCUUCCACGAAGAAAUGCACGAAAUGCAGCAAUUUCAAAUAUUAAACUUUUUACUACUUCACCGCGUUUAACUUCCACCUGUGAUCUUAAAAAUUCUGCAAGUACAUUCAAACAUAAUCUGGCUUUUGUUUCUACUGCUGGGAGCAAUAGUGAUGAAAAUAGCGAUGAAGAGGAAAUGAAUGAAGUGGAAGAAGAGGAUGAUGAUAAUGAAAAUUCUUCUGAUGAUGAUUUUUUGUUGGAUAGUGAUGAGCGUCCUACUUUACGCAAAAUUGGAAAGCCACCAACAAAAAGAAAAAUAAUACCAAAGAAAAAAGCAAAUAAGAAAAAACAAACAAAGAAAGGGAAAAAAGAUGGACGUGCUAGCCGAAUAGCUGCUCUCCAACGUGCAUCAAUAGCAUUAGCAGCUGCUAAUCGGAAAAAAUUAUCAGCCUUUGCUAUUGAUGAAUCAAGCGAUGAUGAGGAGGCAGAGCCAGAUGAGGAAGAAAAGGAAAGAAAGCGUGCUACAGAGCUGAGUUUAUGCCAGCAUUGUAAAGGUGUAGACAGACCUGAUUUGCUACUUCUUUGUGAUAAUUGCGAUGAUGCAUGGCACACUUUUUGCCUCCGCCCGCAACUUUGGUAUGUACCCGAUGGGAAUUGGUUUUGCCCUCCGUGUGAACAUAAUUCUCUUAUAAAUCGCCUUAUUUAUGCUUUACUUAUGUUGCGUGACAACAAAAAGAUACAAGAUCAACAGAAAAAGAAGCGGCCGCUGAUCGACUUAAACGCGAAAUGGAUUUUAUUGGGUGUCAAAAAAGAUGAUGGUCAUGUCAACACUUCAUCAACAGAGGACAGUGAUGAAAGUGAGGAUGGGCAAUAUCUGCAACGAAAAUCGAAGAAACGCGCAAUGAAAAUAGUUACUUCUAAAUCUAGAUUACAAAGACGAGCAAUGGAGCAAAUCGAACAUCUAUGUCCAAUAGUGACAGUGGCUGAAGGAAGAAGUCGACGGGCGAUGAAACGAGUUGACUAUAAUUUCCGUUCUUAUGACGAGCAAUUACAGGAAGCAAUGCAUUCGAUUGACCCAGAUGCUAAACUCAAUGAGAAUGAAAUGUCAGAAAGUGAAGCUGUCCGUGGGAAAGAUAUGCAAAAUAUAUAUGUUGACGGGGAGCAGCAGAAGGAUAGUCGAGACAAGAGUGAUGAGGAUGAAGAAGAAUUGGAUGCACUCGCACGUAAACGAGAUGCCCCAGCAAGACCACCAAAGGGGCGAGCUCCAAAGGCUAACAAUAAGACAGUGAAGAAAAAUAAGCGUUUAACCGACUUAGAUGUUGAUGAUGUUACGGAAUCUGACACUUACCUUCCAUCUGAACGUACUAGAACAAAUAGAGGAAUGUGGUCUAGACAUAAAAGUGAUGAUGAAUUCAUCAAUGAUGAUUCUGAUCCUGAUUAUGUUGAAAAAUCGAGAAGACGUGCUGGCGGUAAAAAGAAGAAUCGCACGGAAACUAAAUCAAAAAAUAAGAGACGAAACACUGAAACAAGCACUUCGGAAGAUGACAACAAUAUACAACCUAGUGCGAGUGAUUCUGACGCACCUAGAUCAAAUCGAACUAAAAACAAAAGACAGAAAUUAAGUAUAAGUUCAUCUGAUGAAGAAGAAGCAAAGCGGCUGAAAAAACUGACUGAAGCAGGUCGGCCGCUAAGGAGGGCAGCGGCGAGAGUGGGCGCACGUUUAAUUGAAGUUGAUGAUGAGUUUGAAAAUGAGGAUGAUUAUGUAGCUGAACAUGAAACAAAGACUGAGGAUGAUAAAAUAGAAGAUCGCAAUGACAAAAAUGCUUUUGUAGAUAAGCCUAGUCUUCCAUCUACUAGUGCUUUAGAAAACAAGAUAGACCGAUCAUCAAAUGAUGAUUUUGAUGACGCUGAUGAAUUUAUGCCUAAUGAAAUAGAGGAAGUAGAAGCAGAUGAAGAAGAGGAGGAAGCAGAAGUCGAACUUGAAAAUGAGGCUGUAGACGAUGACGAGGAAGAUGUAGAAGAUGAAUCUAGCGAUGAAAGCAGCAGUAAAAGUUCGGGUGAUGACGGAGAAGAAAAUUCUGCGAAUAAAACAUCAAAUGUUGAAAGGACAAUUAUUAAAAAUAAAUUACCAUCACCAAUUAUGAAAGUAAAGAAAAAAUUACCUCCACCACGAAAAGCAUCAAAAAAUAAGAAGAGAGCACCAACUAAAAUUAAAAAAGCUGGCCGUGGACGAGGAAGAAAGCAAACGACUAAAUUAGAGAACUCAAACAGCAAACCAGGCAUUGAAAAGAUAAAUUCUUUGCAACGGAAGAGGUCAACGUCACUUGCUAAAGAACCUGUUGUUAAAGGUACAACGCCACAAAAGCUUACUGAAACGAAUAUCUCAGCAGCUAGCAACAAGUCUCCAUCUCAGCAAUCACUAUCACCUCAGACGACAAGGCAGCGACGAAAUCCUUCCACCCUCUUAAAGAACAAAAUUGUUCAAGCUGAAACGAAUUCUAAACAACAAAAGAUACAAGAAUUACCAACAGUAUCUUCAAACGAUGAUUCAAAUAUUCAAAAACAACAGAAAAGUUUACCUCCCAAACCAGGAAAAAUUGAGAUACCUUUAGCAUUAACUAUUUCUGAACCAUCAAAAGAGCAAAAGACGGAAGUGAGGAUACCAGUGAAAACUCUUUCCAAUGAGAAUAUCACUGUUGAAAAUGAAAAAUCUCUAAAAAAGAUUGCACCCAUUAAUUCAAAUAUUAAUGAGCAAACUAUAGAAAAGACAAUUGCCCCGCCGAGGAAUGUUGAAAUGAGCAUUAAAGCAAAGUUGGAAGCUCUUGUAAAAGAAAAGAUACAACCUAAAAUUGAAAAGACAGUGACAUCUGCAAACUACUCAAUAAAUCCGUCUCAAACAGCUACUUCAACAACAACUUUAAACAUACCAUUAUCAUCAUCAAAGAUGUCUACAACUAUUUUUCAACCUGUCGAUCCGCAACAACUUUCACAAUAUAUCAAUAACACACCGCCGCCACCACCAGUUACAAAUCAAAAACAAAUUGUCUCUACAUCAUCUAGAAGUGUUGUGUCUUCUUCAAUUGCUGUACAGCCAACAAUAUUGGCUCCUGCCACACGUAUUGUCUUACAGCAAAGACCAAUGGUUCAUUCAACUACUUUUGCAUCCUUUCAGAAUAAUACACCGCCAAAUGUGAGUGGUCCUCAAGUUGCCAUUAUGCCAACAGUUUUGCCACCACCAAUGACAGUAGGAUUACCUCAAGGUUGUGUACCACAAUUUGUUCCCCAACCACCGGCCACAUACUUUAUGCAACAAGGAGCGCCUCCACAAAUUAUUUAUCAGACUUUACAGCCAUAUGGCUCUGCUCUUCCACCACAUGCAGCAUUCCCCGGUCAUCCUAUGCAAGUACAACAAUCUCAUCAAGCAGGCGGAAUUGUGGACCAAGAAAGUUUGUCACAUGCUUUGGCUGGUGCAAUGAAUCCUGAAGACCUUUAA